AUGUUCAAAAAGGGACCAAAUUGGUUAGAAAAUGAUGAUGAUUUAAAUACAAAUAAUAUUGGAACAAAAGCAUAUAUACCACCAGAUAUUCCAGCUGAUGACUCUUCAUUACCAAAUGUUAGUGGUAAAAUAGAUUCAGAUCCAUCUCCAAGUUAUAACAAUGAAGGUUCAAGUUCACAAGGAAUUACACCUGUUGUACCAAAUAAUUUUGAAGGUGGAGUUUUUUCAAUAAAUCAUUAUAGACGUUAUUUUAAUAUAAAUACAAAUGAUUUUUUUGGAAAUGUUAUCAAUUCAAUUAAUGUUAUUAGUAUUGGUGAAAAAUCUAAUGAAGAUGAUAAUGAAAAUGAAAUUAUUGGUGAUUUAUAUGGUCCAAUUUGGGUUACUGCAACUGUUAUUUUUUGCUUAUUUUUCAGUAAUACAUCAUCAAAUUUAAUUAAAAGUUGGUUAAUUGGAGGUGAUGAACAUUAUCAAUAUAAUUUUGGCUUAUUAACUGGUGCUAUAAGUUUACUUUAUGGUUAUACUGUCUUGAUACCAUUUAUAUUUUAUAUUGUAUCUGUUUGGUAUUUUAAAUUAGAAAAUUUCUUUAGUUUAAGUAAAAUUAUUUCAAUUUAUGGUUAUGCAAAUAGUGUUUGGAUUCCAAGUGCAAUCUUGGGGAUCUUGAGAGGUUUAUUAGUUAAUCAUCAAUUUCUUAGUGGUAUUUUAAAAUGGAUUGUUGUAUUAAUUGGUGGUUUAAUAAGUGGUGUAAGUAUUGGAUUAAAAGUUUUCCCUAUAUUGAAAAAUUCAACAUCAAGUAUUGGUAAUGAUAAAUUAAUUUUUGGAUUAUUAGGUGUUUUAGGAAUAGCACAUUUAGGUUUUAUAAUUGCUAUUAAAGUAUUAUUUUUUGGUGAUUUAAAAGUUGUUUCUUAA